GCACUGCCACGAGGCUCGACGGCGCAACCAACGGUUCCCAUCGUCGGAAGAAACCCCGAAAAAAAAAACUAGGGUUGAUCGCACCUUCCCAAGAAUAGCGCCGGCGGCGAGCCGAUCGAAGCAGUAUUCGGAGAAUGGGAGGGAAGAAGGGUGCAGCUGACGGGUUGGGCCGAGCUCUGAUCAAGAACCACAACCAGAUGGUACGGGAUUCGAAGGAGAAGGGCCGCGCCCUACACCUCCAGCAGCGGCGGGUUCUCGAAUCCGUCACGGACGUCAGCGACAUCGAUGCUGUCCUAGAGAAAGCCGCGGAGGCCGAUCGCGUAUAUUCCUUCGAUAAUCCCUCCGCAAAUGUCCUAAUUAAUAUAGACUCUAGCAUGAACAUGGAUGAAAUGAUGGAAGAGGAGAGAGGAAAUCUGAGGAAACAGGAGGAAGCUUUGUAUGCUAGCAGUCUCCGGAUUCCUCGCAGGCCACCUUGGAAUGCUCGGAUGUCUGUGGAGGAGCUUGAUGCUAAUGAAACAAAGGCUUUUCUAGAAUGGCGGAGAAAUCUCGCAAGACUUGAGGAGAAUGAGAAACUUUUACUCACUCCUUUUGAGAAAAAUCUGGACAUUUGGAGACAACUUUGGAGAGUUCUUGAAAGAAGUGACCUGAUUGUGAUGGUGGUUGAUGCUCGGGAUCCACUAUUUUAUCGAUGCCCGGACCUUGAGCAAUAUGCAAGAGAAUUGGAUGAGCUCAAAAAAACACUUCUACUUGUCAAUAAAGCAGAUCUUCUACCAAUCAGUGUGAGACGUCACUGGGCAGAGUACUUUCAUCAGCAUGAUAUUCUUUUCGUAUUUUGGUCUGCUAAAGCUGCUUCUGCUGCUAUGGAAGGCAAACCAUUUCUUGAUCAAUUUAAAGAAGAGAUAACGCCAGAACAACCCAUCCAAGAAGACUUGGAUACAAAAAUAUAUGGCAGGGAAGAGAUUUUGGUUCGUUUGCAGUCUGAAGCAGAAGUUAUCACAGCACGGAAGUCUAGGAAUAAUGAUAAUAGAGGUGGAAAACAUUUAGAAACUAGCAAUGUGAAUUCAAUUGCCAAGCAAGUAGUUGUGGGUUUUGUUGGUUAUCCUAAUGUUGGCAAAAGCUCUACAAUAAAUGCUUUAGUUGGACAAAAGAGGACUGGUGUAACCUCUACCCCUGGUAAGACGAAGCAUUUCCAAACAAUUGUCAUCUCUGAUGAGCUUAUACUUUGUGACUGCCCUGGUCUGGUGUUUCCUUCGUUUUCCAGCUCAAGGUAUGAAAUGAUUGCAUCUGGAGUUCUGCCCAUUGAUCGGAUGACUGAGCAUAGGGAGGCAGUGCAAGUUGUGGCUGAUAGAGUUCCCCGGAAAGUCAUUGAGAACACAUACAACAUCACCUUGCCAAGGCCAAAGUCUUAUGAACGACAAUCAAGACCACCGUUGUCUUCUGAGUUGCUUAGGGCAUAUUGCUCAUCUCGUGGUUAUGUUAGCUCAAGUGGGCUGCCAGAUGAGACUAAAGCCGCACGAAUAAUCUUGAAAGAUUAUGUGGAUGGGAGGCUUUCUCAUUAUGAAAGGCCACCUCGAGAUAAAGAUGCAGAAGUGAAUGAAGCAGAUGACAUUGUCAAUUCAAAUUUUUCAUCAGAUGAUGAACCAAAUGCUUGUGAUCCAGAUGGCAACUGUACAAAUGUUGAAGCUGGUGCCCAAGAACAUUCUCUGAGCAAUCUUCUGGAUGAUCUCAAAUCAUUUGAGUUGGCUGGUGCAUUAGCAUCAAAAAAUGCCCCGGUAGCAAAGAAGAAAGCCGCAACCUCUUCCCAUAAGCGUCAAAAGAAGCCUCAGAGGAAAAAAGAUCGCUCCUGGAGGGUGGGAAAUGAUGAUGGAGAUGGGAUGCCGGUUGUUAGAGCGUUCCAAAAGUCUGCCGUUAACUGGGCAAGCAUUGCGGCACCCAAUAGAUAAUAAGCAUGUUUGAUUUUUCUCGAUGUAGGAAAACUGCAGGACAAUCGGCAGGUAUAACCUAUGCAUCCGGAUGCCUUACUAGUUGUAAUCUGUAUUUACUCUGGUUGAAAUUUAUGUUUAUUUUAUGUUUUGUGUUCUUCAAA